UUCCUACAAGUUUGUCUUUGACCACUUUUUGAUACGAUGCAAUGGCUUCGAGAUACAGCAAUAUUUAAAUUACAAAAUACAAAAAUAUUUAAAACACUUACGCCCUUCUCAAAUGUCAUUAUCGAGUGUAACUGGCUCCAUAUACACAAAAAUGGCUUUUAUAGGCCUAGGAUAACAUGUCUAUAGAGUUUCAUUGAAAUCGGAGAGAGUCGAGAAAAAAGUACCUAAAAAAUUCCUGUUUUGGGCUGGAAUUGCUCAUCACUAAAAUUGUUGGAAAAUAAGGUUUGUUUGAAAGCAUACAGCAAUAUUGCCUUCAUCAUGCAUGGUCUUGAAAAAAAUAACCAUCAAAGCUUAAAAAUCAAUUUUCUUGAAAAGUAUUACAUGGUUAAUCCUGAGAUAUUCAACAAAAACCAUCACUCUUUAUAUGAAAUAUAGCUCCGAUUAAAUCGGACAACAAAAUGAAAUGGAAAACUAGCUAGACUGAACAUAAAAAGAUUUAUUUUUAACCUUCGCUUAAGAACCACUGCAAUUAGCCGUGUUGGUCGUGUGUGCGCGCGCGAAUUGGAACUUGUGUGCGGAUGCGAUGCCCUCCCCCUUUGUGGGAUACCGGCCCGAAUCGGGUAAAGCGGUGAAAAGGGGACAGGAUGAGCGGAGGCAUGCAACCUCGGCGACGAUGACGCUGGUAGCAAACGACAACGACGACGACAACAACAACACCAUCGGUGAAGUAUUUGUACAAUCUCGCUAAAGCGCUCGGCGGCUCGCGGUGGUAAUCAGUACACGACACAUUUGUGUGACUUGGGUUCGCGCUUUAGGGAGGAACGAUAUCACCCACCCAAUCGACCUGGCCGGCCACCAACGUCCCGAAACAACCCACAGUUUGCUUUUUUGCCUUUGAACGUGUGGAACACAAUCGAUACGGCACGCCUUGUUGGCAACACAUAUCAAAUCGAUAAUAACAAACACCAUCAACAACUACUCUAGUAACAAUAGGAAAGCGCGAGUGAUUAACCUGUCAGACUCAUGAAAUAUAUACGUUAAGUGUUUGCAAUCCGAUUGGCCGUUUACCAAAUGAUCAAGAUUAGGAAAAAUUAAGAGCUCACAGUGUUGUUUUUAUUGGUCUGGAAUUGAGCAAAAUGUUCGCAUGUGUGUUGUUCUGAAAGUCGUAGAAAUCAGAAAAAAUAAUAUCAUCCAGCAUCCAGUAGAGAAGAGAAGCUUAAAACACGGCGUACCAAACGCUGAUGGUCAAGCAUUACAUUUCGUUGAAUUGCGCUUCGAUGAGCGGCGUGAGAAGAAAAUCCCGCCAAUAAAGUCACAGUCGGUGGCACGCUGUUUCGGUGUUGUUUGCCUUGUCGCGGGGGCUCCUCAGCCCCCGCUGCAAACCACCAAAAAAGCAACACGUCGACAAUUGAUGACCACAUUGUCGAUUACGCCACCGAAGACGAAGCUUUGACCGCCAGCACGACGGAGCUAUAUCAGCACAAUAUUGAUCAGCAAGCAGCAAACAAUAGUAUCACCGCCAGCAACAACAACAGUAGCACCAACAACAAUCAACAACAGCAGGAGUCACUCUCGGAUGCUGCUGCACAAGUUUUGAACCAACUCCAGCAGCUUCAUCACUCCCAAUCCGGGCAGCUCAAGUUACCUCACAUUGAAGAAGAGGAAGAUGAUGAGUUUGAUAUUGGUAUGCAACAUUUCCAUAAUCCCCUGCUACCGUCCCGCAUUAAAGCUUGUACAAUUCGAUACGCAGAUGUCGUACGCUCGUUAACACCUUCGCCGAAAAUCAAUAUCAAUCGCAUCAAGAUCAAAUCCAAAGUGAAAUCAAUCAUCGCAAGCACCACCAACACAAACCCCAACAACAACAACAACAACAACACGGCUAGUGACUUAGAAUCAAGCAGUAGCAGCACAACUAACGUCUCACCGUCAGCGAGUAAGAUGCAAGCAGAGCAGGGCUCUAUCGGUGACUUGCAAAAGUAUCACAGUCGGUAUCUGAAAAAUCGGCGACACACGCUGGCCAACGUCCGCUUCGAUGUCGAAAAUGGCCAAGGUUCACGUUCACCGCUGGAAGGUGGAUCACCAGCAGCCGCCGCUGCCGCCGGUUUGGUACUGCAGAAUCUACCUCAACGAAGGGAAUCUUUCCUGUAUCGGUCCGAUUCGGAUUUCGAGAUGUCGCCGAAGUCGAUGUCUCGAAACUCCAGCAUCGCCAGCGAAAGAACUGAUAAAUUUUCUAGACUCAAAGAAGUGGAGGCGCCAACGAUCACUAGUACAGAAAGGACACAUAUGGAAGAUCUCAUCGUUACACCAUUUGCGCAAAUUCUGGCAAGCCUACGUUCGGUACGAUCGAACCUCUACAGCUUGACAAAUGUUACGCCGCCCAAAUCAAAACGAAACAAUGUUCAAGUGACGCCAAUCCCGAAGGCACACACUCCCGGGGACGAGUCGUAUGUGAAGCUGGCUUUGGAUACGGUCGACGAGCUGGAUUGGUGUCUGGAUCAGCUCGAGACGGUGCAGACGCAUCGCAGUGUUUCCGACAUGGCAUCCCUGAAGUUCAAACGGAUGCUCAACAAAGAAUUGUCACAUCUUAGCGAAUCAAGCAAAUCUGGCAACCAAAUCUCCGAGUAUAUUUGUUCAACGUUUUUAGACAAACAGCAAGAGGUGGACAUACCGUACAGCAGAGACGAUACCGACGUGCUAAACCCUGCCUCUCUCAACCGGAGCCGGUCGCCGCGCAGCAUGGGCGAGCGGAUGUCGCAGAUAUCGGGCUUCAAGCGGCCUCUGAUGCACACCAACUCUUUCACCAGCGAUCGUUUGCCAAUGUACGGCGUGGACACGCCCCACGAGAGCCAACUGGGACAGGUUCUCAACAUUGUGGACACGUGGGGCAUCGAUAUCUUCAAAAUCGAAACUCUAAGCAACAAUCGACCGCUGACCUGUGUAGCUUUUGCUAUCUUUCAGGACAGGGACAUCUUGAACACUCUUAUGAUACCAUCCAAAGUUUUUCUAGCGUUUAUGACAACCUUAGAGGAUCAUUAUGUUAAGGACAACCCAUUUCACAACUCUCUGCACGCGGCGGAUGUGGCCCAGAGCACGCACGUUCUGCUGAACACGCCGGCCCUGGAGAACGUUUUUACUCCGCUAGAGAUCUGCGCAGCGCUGUUUGCUGCUUGUAUCCACGAUGUUGAUCAUCCUGGUUUAACCAAUCAGUUUUUAAUUAAUUCGAGUUCAGAACUAGCAAUUAUGUACAAUGACGAAUCCGUACUAGAAAAUCAUCAUUUAGCAGUUGCAUUUAAACUCUUACAAAAUGAGGAGUGCGACAUACUACGCAAUGUACAGAAAAAGCAGCGUCAAACAUUUCGAAAGAUGGUUAUUGAUAUGGUGCUAUCAACGGAUAUGUCAAAGCAUAUGACCCUACUGGCUGAUCUGAAAACGAUGGUCGAAACUAAAAAAGUCGCCGGCUCUGGAGUGCUGCUGCUGGAUAACUACACCGAUAGGAUACAGGUUUUGGAGAACUUGGUACACUGCGCCGAUCUGAGCAAUCCCACCAAACCGUUACCGUUGUACAAAAAAUGGGUCUCACUGCUGAUGGAGGAGUUUUUCCAGCAGGGCGACAAGGAGCGGGCAGCCGGCAUGGACAUCAGUCCGAUGUGCGACCGCCACAAUGCGACAAUCGAGAAAUCGCAGGUCGGCUUUAUCGAUUACAUUGUGCACCCGCUGUGGGAAACCUGGGGAGAUCUGGUGCAUCCGGACGCCCAGGACAUCCUGGACACGCUGGAGGAGAACCGCGACUACUACCAGAGCUUAAUACCGCCGUCACCGCCCGCGCUCGACGACCCCGAGGAAAAGAUUCGCUUCCAGAUGACGUUAGAGGAGGAAAGCGCUUCGGAAAACGACGAGUCGAAUCGCGAAGAGAAAUCCUAAAGGAUAAACUCGCAUUCACGCAUCAUUCAAACCCACUUCCCAUAAAUUAUAAAAAAAAAUACAAAGAAAUCAUAAAAUCAGCUCCCAUUCGCACAUACACAAGCAUGAGCGCAAACGCUACAACAGAAGCAAGCAAAUUAAUCAUAUACUCAUUCGUAACUUAGCAACAACAAAAGAAAAAAAGGAGGAAACAAUUGUUUGAUACAGUGUUCGCCGGUGCCGGAAAUCGCAAUAGCAAAGCAAAUGAACGGGCCUUUUAGUGAGAGGGUAAAAAAGAAAGGGAGAGGACAUACAUUCAUAUUUCACACAUCCACACACACAUACAAAAAAACACACACACCCACACGCGUACGGGCAGGCUCCCUGCGUUUAAUAUUAUACAUAAAGAGAGAAUUUGUAAUUUGUUAAUAAUUUAUUAGUUGAGCAACUUUUGUGAAGAAGCAGAUUUGUACGAUGAGUUACAAUAAUUUUUUAUAUAUUCUGAGCUGUAUAUGUUGAAGUUGAAGAAAUGAUAAAAAGAAAUACCAACCUACACACCACACGAAUAGCAAAGUUGUAUCCAAACCAAAAACAUAAUUUUAAAUUGUAGUUUGUAAGCUGGGUAAACGAUCUGCAGGAAAAAAAGAGAAAACAUCGGAUCGCCCCAAAUGUUUAGAAAACAUUUUUAUUUUUGUUACACCUUGUUGUUCCAAAUUCGAACUAAAUCGUUGUGUAAAAAAAUCCUGACACCACGUGGCAUGUUUUCGGCAUUAUUUCCCGGAUAUAUUUGUACCCACACUCGCACACGCUGCGUAAUCAAAGAGACAGCAUCCUUGAGGCGAGAGCGCAGGCGCGGUGACAGAGAAAGCGGAAAUCGUACUGAAGCAAACGUUGCUCGAACAAUGGGGAAAGAAAAUGUGAGGAAGCACGAAGGCUACACACCUGAUAUUAUAUCGUAAAAAACCAGGACGAGGGAGGAAACUUACAACAAAACAAAAAAAACUAUUCUAGCGCAUAAGUAGUUAUUAAAUAGAAGCAAUAUCAGAGCAAAGAAAAUUAACAAAAGAAAACAAAAUACGAAAGAAGGCUAAAGAGUUCAAGGAACGAGAUCUCUCGCGAGCGAGGUGCAACCCCCGCGCUGAUGUUCAGUUAAUUCAUUCGAAUCUGCAUGCUGUUUUGUCUCAGUUUCAUCUUGCAAUCUAACGCAAAACAAAGAGAAACCCUGACCCGACCCACCCCAAAAGAAAAAAAAAACAAAUUUUGGCUGUUUAGCACACACUCUGACACCUGCAUAGAUAGAG